AAAUAUUAUCUGAAAAUUCAGAAAAAGAAUAAGAAUAUCUAGAGUAGAAAAGCAAUUAGCAGCAGUGGCAAUGGCAGCUCAACCAGUAAUCAAGGUCGUUGCGCUCUGCGGUUCCCUCCGUAAAGGCUCCUGGAAUUAUGGUCUCCUCAGUGCUGCGAUGGAGAUAUGCAAGGAAUCUAUAAAGGGAAUAAUGGAGAUUGAGUACGUGGAUAUCUCGCCGCUGCCGUUUGUGAACGAGGAUCUUGAGGUCAACGGAACUUAUCCUGCCGCUGUGGAGGCUUUUCGUAAGAAAAUUGAAGAAGCAGAUUGUUUCCUUUUUGCUUCUCCCGAGUACAAUUACUCCGUCACAGGACCCUUGAAAAAUGCAAUUGAUUGGGCAUCUCGACCUCCAAAUGUUUGGGGUGAUAAAGCAGCAGCAAUCGUGAGUGCUGGAGGUAACUUCGGUGGAGGACGAUCACACUAUCACCUUAGACAUAUAGGAAUCUACAUUGAUCUUCAUUUCAUUAACAAACCUGAAUUUUUCCUGAACGCGUUCGAGUCACCACCAAAGUUUGACGAUGAGGGUGUGCUGACAGAUGAAGAAUCCAAGCAGAGACUUAGACAAGUUCUUUUGGCUUUACAAGCAUUUUCUUUGAGACUCAAAGGCAAGCUUAGUGAAUAGAGUGAAUAUGGGAUGACGAAAAUUGUUUCCAGCUCUCAGUUUCUUCUUCUUUUUGUAUUGGUAGAUUUGGAACAUCUGUUCACUUGUUUAGUUAUGUCAGCAGGGUUGAAAUUGUAUGAGAGUGUUUCAUUAUUAUAUGAAAGCAUAUGAUAUAUUAAGUGAAAA